AUGGCAGGAGUGAAUGGAGACCGUAAAGGGAAGAAAGAUGACAAUGGGAUUGGCACAGCCAUUGACUUCAUGCUUUCCAAUGCCAAGCUUGUGCUGGGAGUGGGAGGAGCAGCCAUGCUUGGCAUUGCGACACUAGCUGUCAAAAGAAUGUAUGACCGUGCCAUAAGUGCUCCCACCAGCCCCACCAAGAUGGAGCAGACGGGAAAGAGAAGCUGGGAGGAACCCGCCUGGAUGGGUUCCUCACCACGGGUACUGAACCACGACAUGAAGUCCACAGUGAGCAGGUCACUGCAAUCUCUGCCCACUUCCUCACAUGCUUUUGAACCAGACUGUAUGCGGAGGGCUGUGGGUCGAGCCGCUGUGGGAGGAAGUGGUGCCACUCAGUCAGACCUGCUGCGGGCCCGAAUGCGUCUGUCCCUGCAGGAACAUCUGUGGGAGUUCUAUCAGUGUAAUGUGAACAUACCUACUGAGGAGCAGGCUAUGGCCCGGAGGGCGGCGCUGGACAUCUGUGCUGAGCUCAGAGUGUUCCUUCACGCCAAACUGCCUGAUAUGCCCCUCAGAGAGAUGUACCUGAGUGGCAGUCUGUAUGAUGACCUGCAGGUGGUGACAGCAGACCACGCCCAGCUCAUGGUGCCUCUCAUCUUGGAGAAGAACCUGUGGUCGUCCAUCCCCGGGGAGGACACCAUCAUGAACGUGCCAGGCUUCUGGCUCGUGCGCAGGGAGAAUUUGGAGUAUUUCCCAAGGAACAGCAGCUACUGGGACCGCUGCAUGGUCGGAGGUUACCUCUCACCUAAAUCAGUCCUCGAGGUCUUUGACAAGCUUGUGGCUGGCUCCAUCAACUGGCCAGCUAUAGGGAGUGUCCUCGACUACAUCAUCCGUCCCGUGGUUCCCUCAGAAACACUGACCCUGGAGGUGCAGUACGAGACAAACCGGAAGCUGUUUGUGGACUUCCUACCUUUACUCGUGAUGGAGGAUGGAACCUCACUGAUCGCCAAACCCCAUCGCCUUGCAGCAGAGCGCCAUGAAAACCUGUGGCGGCAGAGCUUCCGUGUGGCUGAAACAGCACGACUCAGGGCCCUGGACCAGGAGGACGGAGGCUGCAGAUGCGCCUGCCUGAAAGUGGCGAAGGCCGUGUGCAAGCUCAACCCUGCCCUUAACAGGCUCAAUGCCAGCCAGCUCACCAAUGCCAUCUUGUUGCUGUGCGAAAAAGAAGGUGACUGGACCCAGGAAGCACUGGCUGACCGCUUCCUGCAGCUGCUACGAGCACUAGUGGGACAUCUAGAGGCUGGGAGGCUGCCAUGCGCCCUUAGCCCUAAAGUUAACUUAUUCUGUGAGCUGACUGAUCAUGAGGUGGACGAGCUGGGGUAUACGCUCUACUGCGCCCUCUCAGAUCCUGAGGGCCUGCUGAGAACUGCUGUGGCAGAGCCGCCCCAUCCCUGACGACGUCGUAAUCAUGACACAGCAAAGUGGCAUUGAAGUGUCCACUGUGUUGAGGGCAACAAUGACCUCAAGCCAUAAUGAGUAUCCUGGAAAAAACAACUGCAUGGAAUCAUCCUCUGUCCUGAAACACAUGGUAGGCCGGUAGCAGUUUCUUAGUGCUGAGAUCUGUAUGAGUUGUGACAUGAAGGCCGUGCAUGUGUGAUCAUGCAAAUACUAUUUUAAUCUCAUGAAAGUGAAGGCCCAUUGGAAUUCAUGGCUCUCACUAAAGCCAUUGUAUUAAUGAAGUUAACAGCACGCAUGCUCUUAGGGACUAAUACGUUGGGAAGGAAGACAGACAUGGCCGAUGCAGGUAAAUGUUGUUUACUGUGUUUUGAGAUGUGUCCGUACCACUGUGUGAGGGGACAGAAUGUAAUGUUUGUUGUGUGUAUGCCAACCCAAAAGCUAAUAAAUCGUUGAUCAGCCUGCAAGACUUAACUUUCUUGAGUUAAAGAGAUGAGCUUAGCUGUCUUUCUGUGCUCCUUUUGUUAUCACCCAUAUGAAAUACUGCCAGUGUUUAGAUUUAGUGAGUUUAGAUUGAAAUCAAGUUAUUGUAAGAAAACUUCAUUAAUACAGUGGCUGCAUCCAAGAUGUAAGCUUUACAUGUUUCCAGGGAUCUGUGAAAACACAGUAGCUGACUGGAAUGUCUGCAGCUUGCAUGUUAUCUACCUAAUCUAGAAAUCGAACAUGGGAAUAUACACUUCAGUUAUUUGAUGUCUGUUUCUAAUAUUUCUAAUUCACGCCCUUCAACUAUGGAUCUGAUAAAGUUGAUCUACAAAUGGAAUAUAAUACCAUUCAUGGAAAUAUGAACAACACAGCACCACUAUUUUCAUCCAGUUAUUUUGGCGUGACCAGAAAAUGUUUCCAUGUGACUGUCUGUCUAAUACAGAGCUGCUCUUUGUUUAAAAGGAGGCUUCUUUGCUACUCUCACUUUUGCUGCUUUGGUGCACACACAGGUCUUAUAUGCUUUAUUGACUAAUUUUUAUCUUGUACGACCUGCAUCACGGGUUAGAUUGCACUGUUAAGAGGUCAGGUGUUCUGUUGUAGAUUUGCAACCAUGAAAGUGUUUUUGUCUACUGGUUCUUGCUUUAAUUUAAACUCCAGACCCUCUUUCGUCUCGACCUUCACCAUCAAUAUUGACUGUUUUUAAUAUGGGCUGCAUACACUAGAUUGAUCUUAAUCUGGAACUUUGUAGCAAGGUGUACCUCUGGCUGGAUGCGUCAGUCUUUCAGCCACUGCCUGUUUGCAGUUCGAGAAGUCCAUUACCUGCUGUAAACAUGAUACUAACCCACAAGAGAAGGUCUUUGUGCGAUUGUUAUUUGGUGAAUUAGUCUCAGUAUUAGCAUCAGUUCCUGGUCUGACCUGAUUGCAGUUAGAACAUGGAGCCUGUUACCUUUGUAGUCCUGUAUUUGUGUGUCUUAAAGUCCACAGUAAACCCUGAUUAACUUGUAGGUGCCGAUCUGGCCCAGUCUGUCUAGAACAGGUAGCCAGACAUGGAUUAGCGCAGCAUACUAGGCCAUGUUAUUGGUCAGUCCUGGCUCUGUACAUGAAGUGUAUGGCGCCAACAACAGAUGACCUACAGUGAUGAUCAGUCCUAGCAGGCUGCCUCUGCCUGUCAGGUCUACGUUUAUAUUAAUAGAUUACAGGUGCUUAUCUCUUUUAGAUCAUGAUCUGAUUGAGAGGAAUCAACCCACAGAUCCUCUGUUAUAUAAAAGCAGCUUAACUAGCCAAGGUUUCUGAUGGUAGAUCAGCCUGCUACUCAGAGCUCGUCGGUUCAUUGUUAAAUUGCACGUGACAGCAGUCACCAAAACAAUAGCUGCCAGACUAUCAAGUGGAGUUAGCUUGUCUCUCUAAAUGAAGACCUAUAACAUGUUCAAAAUAAUCACUUGGUUGCUUUAUGUUCUCACUUUUAGCCUUAGAAAGUAAAAAAAUGCAGUGAUAUGGAGCAAGUGUCCCCUCAAACCCCAACCCACUCUUUGUAUAGUGUACAAUAUGUUCAUAGUUCUGUUGUGCAUUCAGUAAUCAUCAUCCAGAUAAUGGAGAAACAGGUGAAUAUUUUUAUAUUUAUUGUACAUUUGUAACCAAAAAGAGACAUUUAUUUGCAUUGAUUGAGUUCAAUGUGUUAAGUACCACUUUUUGUGCUUCAUUAAGUGCUUUGUUCUGGACGUACUCAAAUGAAUCCACAGUAGAUCUUUGCGUGCAUUUCAAGCGUCUUCCUUUGCAGACCUGGUUUAUGCUACAAAUUACUUCUGUGUUGAAGGGGGAGGAGUCACUGUGCCACAUUUGUAAUGUUAUUUAAAAAACAAAACCCAAAGUAGAUCUCUACCUCUACCUUGUGGAGAGCAUACUGGCCAUGUGCUGUGUUGCAUGCUGUGUAUUUUUCCCCUGCUUUUUUUCUUUUUUUUUUAAGUUCAGCUCUGGAAUUGAGCGGUGCAGCACUUUGUAUACUUCAAUAAAUGUUGCAA